AUGGAGUCAAUUAUCGCUAGAUAUAUGCGACAACGAAGAGAGUUUGCAUACCCCCAACCAUCAUCAUACACCAAACGGUACCUUGAUGAUAGUCAUGGAGAUUACACAAUCAUGUAUCAGGAAGUGUUGCAGGAGGCGCACGAUUUGCACCAACCAGAACCAACGGUUGUUUUGACUAGAAGAAGCAUAAACAGAUGCCGUGUAGAAGCGGAUGCUAGGAUGAUGCAGGACUACUUCAACCCGGGUUGCAGAUUUGGACCUAAGCGUUUUAAGGCCCGCCACGGUUUGCCCCGAGAACUAUUUCUUAGAUUUUUACCAGAAAUUUGCGCCCAAGAUGAGGACUUUCGACAAUGGAGGGAUGCUUGUAACAUUCCGGGUCACUCCCCUCAUAUGAAAAUUCUCGCUGUCAUGAAACACUUAGCAAAGGGGGUGGCGGCCGAUAGCCUUGACGAUUACACUGGAAUGGCUGCGUCUAUAAUAUACAUGUACGUAAAAAAGUUUAUGGAUGCAUUACUUUGGCUUUUUAACGAUCGUUACAUGAGGCGCGCAACAACCGAAGAUACAAAGAGGCUAUUAGCUGAGAAUGAGGCUCGUGGAUUUCCUGGAAUGCUUGGAAGCCUUGAUUGUACCCAUUGGGAGUGGAGAUGGUUCUGGCACUGUGACUUUGGUGCGCCCGAUGCUAACAAUGACUUAAAUGUUUUGGACCAGUCGGGUUUGUUCGAUAGAGAGAAGAACGCGUUGGAUCCUCCUUGUGAAUUUAGCAUCAACGGUCACGUGUACAGACAUGGAUACUAUUUGGUUGACGAAAUCUAUAAUGAAAUGCCUGGGGUUGUUCAUGGUUAUAAGAGACGUCAGACUAUGCCGACAAUACAUAAGAAAUUUAAUGAAUACCACUCUGCGAAGCGGAAGGAUGUGGAGCGUGCUUUUGGGGGUCUAAAAGCCAAAUGGGAUAUAACGGAGCACAUCUGGAAGCGUCACAUUCAAGGACUGCGAGACGGAGAAGUCGACCCCGUGGAGGUGCAUGAUGCCCUCCCAAUUUCAGAUCAUGGUACCACUGAUGUGGAUGAGGAUGCUGAUAUUUAUCCAAGUGAUGAUAAUAACUUUUAUCAGAACGGAGAGUAG